AUGGCGCCUCUGAUCACCCACCUCUACACAGCUGACCCCUCGGCCCACGUCUUCGAGGGCAAGGUCUACAUCUACCCGUCGCACGACCGCGAGACCGACAUUCAGUUCAACGACAAUGGCGACCAAUAUGAUAUGGCCGACUACCAUGUCUUCAGCACCGACUCGUUGGACCCUGUCGCCCCCGUGACCGACCACGGCGUCGUGCUCAAGACAGAGGACAUCCCCUGGGUGUCGAAGCAGCUCUGGGCCCCGGAUGCCGCCUUCAAGGACGGCAAAUACUACCUCUACUUCCCUGCCCGUGACAAGGAGGGCAUCUUCCGCAUCGGUGUGGCCGUCGGCGACCGCCCCGAAGGCCCCUUCAAGCCCGACCCGGAGCCGAUCAAGGGCAGCUACAGCAUCGACCCGGCUACCUUUGUCGACGAAGACGGCCAGGCGUACAUGUACUUUGGCGGGCUCUGGGGUGGCCAGCUGCAGUGCUACCAGAAGGGCAAUGACAUCUUCGAGGCUGAGUGGCAGGGCCCCAAGGAGCCCUCGGGCGAGGGUGCCCGGGCGCUGGGCCCCCGCGUGGCCAAGAUGACGGACGAUAUGCGCCAGUUCGCGACCGAGGUAAAGGAGAUCCAGAUCCUGGCGCCCGAGACAGGCGAGCCGAUCGCGGCCGACGACCACGACCGGCGCUUCUUCGAGGCCGCCUGGAUGCACAAGUACAACGGCAAGUACUAUUUCAGCUACUCGACCGGCGACACCCACUACCUGGCGUACGGCGUCGGCGACAGCCCGUACGGGCCCUUCACCUACGGCGGGCGCAUCCUCGAGCCGGUGCUUGGCUGGACCACGCACCACUCCAUCGUCGAGUUCAAGGGCCGCUGGUGGUUGUUCCACCACGACUGCGAGCUCAGCAAGGGCGUCAACCACCUGCGGUCCGUCAAGAUCAAGGAGAUCUUUUAUGACAAGGACGGCAAGAUUGUAACCGAGAAGCCCGAGUAA